UGUCAAACCUCAAAACAAUUUAAAUACCUAAUAAAUUACUCUGUAAAAACAAUUCUCCGGUUUGUCGCUAAAAAUCCUAUCCAAGCCUGCCGUAUCUAAGCAAUUCUAUACUUAUACUAAAAACCAUAGGAUCACCAUGGAUUUAUUGAAGGCACCGUCAAUACAAUCUCUCUUGGACUCGGAUUUAGAAUCAGUAGAAAGCCUACAAUACGUUGAAUUCGAAGAGUUGGAUGAAGUAGAAUAUGCUUUACCUACAAGUGAAGCUCCUACAUUAGCUGAAGUAUUGUCUGCUGAAGAGGUGGACCUAGUAAAACCUGAGAAGGAAUAUGAGGAGCCAAUGUCCACAUCCUCCGCUCUACAAGUUGAUUUUUUACAGGCUAUAUCUCAGCAACUGACUCAAGCUCAAGAAAGAUCAUCAGCUGGUGUUGCCACUGCACUGAGUGUAGCUUCUAAUGGACGGUUAACAGUGGGAACAGCACACGGACAUCUACUCUCAUUCCAUGAACAAAUAUUGCGUUGGGUGUGUGACAUGCAUGGUGAUAAUGGUGCUGUCACCUGUCUGUCAUAUAAUGAAGACAGCACGCGCCUGCUAGCAGGGUUCGCGCGCGGAAAUGUUAUACAGUACGAGAGUGUACGCGGGGUGGUACUCAGACGUGUCACUCUCGGCGGCGAUACUUGGGGCACCCUGCGAGUCACGUGGGCCGGAACAUCAGCAUUAGCUCUAGACACCGGGGGCUCCGUUUGGCUUAUAAAAUUCUCGAGGCCCCUAGGGGUUCGAUCUGCUAAAGUAUCCUGUAUAUUUUCUGGAUCUCGGGGAGAGGUGGUAGCCAUGUCGGCUAGGGAUGCGCGAGUACUGGCCCUGGCUACUCUCUCCAGGGUUAUCAUUGUAGCGGGCGGUAGAGCGGCGGGAAUUCGUCUCGAUGGACCUGCCGAUGUUCUUCCAGUAUUAGAGUGGUGUGCUUUAGAUAACAAAGUGCUAGUUUCCGCUCGUGCGAGCACGAUGCAAUGGCUUAUGGUUACUGUCAAUGGAUCGUCGAUAAACAUUCGACCUUUCCAACGCAUGGAACUGAAGACGACACCCCUGUGGUUAGGGUGGCUCGGAGGGAGCUUGGCGAUAUUUGAUUCUAAUGAAAAUCUUCGUUUGUGGGGGGAUGAAUAUGACAAGCCUCUCGACUUGUCUCAAAUAGAACCAGUGUACUCGUCUGCAUUUUUCAAGGGCCAUUGGACAGACGGGAGAGUAUCGCGCGCUAUGUGCAAGGCUGGGGAGAGUGCUCUAGGCGGUAUUUGCGUGUCGGAGGGCGCUCUGUCCCUGCUCGGGCGUCGCGGCGUGCUAAGGGUAAAACCGCGUGAUUUCGUCGCUCGAGCCCAGGCCUUCAUCGCCGGGGGAAGAUACCCGCAAGCGCUAAGGUUGCUCUGUUCCACCCAAGGCUCGGAAGCGAAGAAACUCGCCCUGGACUUCGUAGCGACUAUCUGCGACAGACCACACGUACUGAGCAACAAGAACAUAGCUGUGCAAGUUGUCAAAUUGUGUUUCCAAUAUGAUUUCAGAGAGGAGCUGUGGAAUAACUUGUGGGAGAAUUGCUCGGGCGAGAAGGAGUUUGUGGAGGCGCUAGGGGAGGCGGUGGUACGGGGAGAGCUGUCCAACAUGCCACCCUCACCUGAUUAUUCGCAGGCGUUGAUCGAGCGUCUGGGUGAGUGCGAGCCGGAGCUGGUGGAGCGCGUGGUUGCGUCGCUGCCGCUGACAGCGCUCGACCCGCACCGCGCCAGCGUCUACACGCGAGAGCGCGGCCUGUGGCGUGGCGUCGGCGCCAUCGCUGCAGCACUCGACGGCAGCGCGGGCGCGAUGCGAACUUUAAUGUGUCACGUGGUGCCGGGAUGCGGCGGCGGCGCGGCGUGUACGUGCGCGGGCGGCGCGCUACUCUUGACGGCAGCAGACGCUCUGGCGGGCCGCGCCGCCGCCGGGCGCCCGCUGCCGCCGCACGCCAGGCCCUCCGCGCGGCACGACGCCCUACACGCACUGCUCAAUGAACAGGAUGGUCAGUCUCCACUGCGCGUAUUGGUGUCGCACGACGCGGCGUCUGCGGUGCGGCUGCUGGAGCAGUGUGCGCGCGACCCGCCCUUCGCCGGCCCGCUCGGCAAGCAGAACCGCCUGCGCGUGGCGCGCGCGCUCCUCGCCUACAUGCCCGACGUUGCGGAUAUGGAACGGAGGAUGGAAAUAUUAGAGUUCAUCUGUGGGCAGCUACACGCGGGCGCGCUGCCGCUGGACUCGGAGCUCAUGGCGGCGGUGCGGGAGUGGGCGGGGGGCACGGGCGGCGAGCGGGCCGAGCGUGCCUGGCUGGGCGUGCUGGAUCGCGUGCGACACCGCGACCUCGCCGCCCUGCCCGCCCUGCGCACCGCCCUGCCGCGCCCCCGGGUGAUGUGGCAUCUCGACGCCAUGCUCGACCGCCACGAGGACGCCGUGAGGGAGUUCUUCGAGAUCGACGACCCCUCCCCCCGGGACGUCGACGAGCUCUUCGAGUACUUGGAGUCGAAGAUCGACGUGAGCGACCCCGCCGCCGUCCUCCUCGACCGCCUACCGGACCUCGUGCGGCUGCGGCCGGCGGCGGCGGCGGCGCUGGUGGACGACCGCGCCGCCGCCGCCCUCCCCGCCGCCAUGGCCGCGCUGCCCGCCGACCUGCAGGUCGAGUUCGGCCGGCGCCUGCUCGAGGCGGGUCGCCUGCGCGGGGAGGCGGCCGCGGCGUUCCUGCGCGCGCUCUGCUCGACUCGGCCGGCCGAGGUCGCCGACUUCCUGAGGGAGAACGUCGGCGCGAUCCGACCCGAGGACGCCCUCGCGACUGUCCGCGAGCUGGGAGCGCGGGACGCCGAGCCCGUCUGCCUGGAGGCCUGCGGUGACCCCGCCGGCGCCCUUCGGGUUGCGCUCGAGCUGGCGGCGCAGGCCGGGGCGGAGGCUCGCGCCCGGUACGCGGCUGAGGCGAGCGAACUAUGCGCGCGCGCCGCGCCGGCGCUGCCCCGCGCCGCCGCGGCCGAGAUGUGGACGAGCCUGCUGCGCGCGCUGGACGCGGUGCCGGCGGCGCUGCUGCUCGAGGCUGUCACCUACCUGCCGCCGGAGGAGCUGGCGGCGCGCACCUGCGGCUCGGCGCGCGCGGCCCUCUGCGUUCUGGCAGGCGCGCGGGCGGGGCGCGACGCGUGGGCGGGCGCGGCGCGUCUGGGCGGGCGCGAGCUGCACGAGAGGCUGCGGCGCGCGCUGGCGGCGGGCCGGCGGGGUGCGGCGGUGAGAGGCGUGUGCUCGGCGUGCGGGCGGGCGCUGAGUGCGGGUGCGACGCGGACGCUGCACUGCGCGCGCGCGGUGCACGCGGGCUGCGACGCGGCAGCGGUGUGCGCGUGCGGCGUGCGCGUGCCCGCCACGACGGUGCCGCUGCCGCAGCUGCCGCGUCGUCCGCCGUCCCCGCAGCUCUCGGAUUACAACCUACUGUUGGUGGCCCCGCCUCGACCCGAUCUCGAGGGUGUCGUAUGAGCCUAAAUCUAGUUAAGGCGUUGAUUCGAAGUGACUGACCUUUUCUGAUAAAAAUAUACAGUGAAUAAUUAUAGAAAAUCUGCUAGUCUUUGUUUGACACAUUAGAAAAUUUACGUAACAGAAUAAUGAAUAUUGAGACGGCAGACCA